CGCCGCUCCACCACAUCCCUCACCGCAGCCCGCCAUGCCGGCCCUGCGCCGCUCCUACGGCCACACGCUCGGCGCACGCCGCUUCCGCGCGCUUUCCAGUGCCGGCGCACUGCACAGCGCCUCCGACGAGCUCUCGCCCGAGCCUGAGCCAGCGCCCUCGACGCGCACGGCCGGCAAGGCGCGCAGCGGCGACGAGAGCGAGCUCAGCGAGCUUAGCGACCUGAGCGACGUGGAGUCAGACACCAGCGCCGAGGCACUGCCGGCGGGCACGCGCAGCCGAGCCAGGCGUGGCCCCAGCUCCAGCCCGGCCGCUGCUGCACGCGCUCGCCGGAGCGCUCCAGCCAAGGGCAAGACGAGUGCACGCAGUGCUGCCUCGGGCAGCACGAGCGCAUCGCAAGUCGCAUCCUCGUCGCAACAGCUGCUUGACGCUGCGGCUUCGCCAGCUGCUUCAGAGGCAGCAUCGACCUCGACUCCCGAGUCUGCCGCAUCGGCGCUUUACGUCCUGGCGCCGCCGCCCGCCGCUCGCACUGCGCCCAUGCCCCGCGAUGGGCUAGAGCGGGUAGACGCGAGAGCUGCAAUCGUCGCGGCACCUGGUACAUCAGCUAGCGGUGCGCUGCAGAGUUCUUCGAUUGCUGUCGAUCACGCCGUACUGGCGUCAUCGUCGCCGUACCCGCGCAGCAUGUCCAGCCACGCCUUCUCGUCGCCUCCUCAGGCGUACGACGACGCGCUCUCUUCGUUCUCGGAGGAACGCCGCCCAGCGGCCGCCGCCCGGCCUCCUGCCCGGACUGGGCUCUCUGAUGCCACAGUAGCCCUGCUCGCGGACUUCUGCGCCGGGCCGUCCCGGUUCGGCUUUGACGACUCCUCAUCCGACUCGUCCGACUCGUCGAUCUCGUCGAUCUCGUCACUCUCAUCGCUCUCGUCGCUCUCUUCCCUCAGCUCCGACUCUGACGCGUCGUCAUCCUCUGCUCUCUCGCACGCCCGGCUCGACUACAGACAGAAGAUUCAGGAGAUCAAGGACCGAUACGAGGAGGCGAAAGAACGACACCAGCAGGAGAUGGAGAGCAUCGAAGCGCGCUACCUGGCGAACCGCCGCCGGCGCUAUCUCGCUGUCCUGCAGAUCGUCGAGAAGCUGAGAGAAGAAGAGGAACAAGAGACGGAAGACGAGUCCGAGGACUACGACGACGCCUCGGUCUCACCGCCGCCUCUCUUCUCCGGGCCCUCGUCGCCGCUCACGCCGCACACGUCGCCCGUCAAGUCUGCGCCGCAGUCGCUGUACAAGAACAUGGCGCGCGUGCCCAGCCCACGCACCGUGCCGACGCCCAUCUCGCACCUGCCGCGCUCCGACCUGCGCUCGCCGUCGCCGCCGCCCGACGUGGCGCCGCCGCAGCGCCUCAAGCGCAAGCGCCAGUACCGCCUCAAGCCGGCCCUCGAGCUGCCGCGCGAGAGCGUGUAUGCGCGCACGAAGCGCAGCGAGACGAGCCCCAGCCCGCGCGGCUCGCGGCUGGGUCGGGCGCCGGCGCCGAGGGCCAGCACGAGCGGGACGCGCGGCUCGGCCGCCGCAGGACCAUCGCGAUGA